GUCCAGCCCAAAAGAAGUUCUGUCUUUUCCACCAAGCCAACACACAGUGAAACCAGUUCCUUUAUUCAGCCUUUCUCUCAAUUGCUUCAAAACUCAACAAUUGAGAUCUCACACUACAACUCCUUCUUCUGCCACAGCAAUCGGUCACACACACUAAUCUGCAAUCAUGAAGCUUGAUACAAGUGGUCUCGAAUCGUUUCCAUCACUGAUAUCACAUGGAAACGACGUCGUUGGAGAGUUCGAAGCACCUCCGUCAUUCGAGCUUCCUAAUUCCAAUGACUUCGAUGGCUUCCUUAAAGAAGCUAUUCAGAUGGUGAAGCCUGCGAAGGGUACUACGACUCUUGCUUUUAUCUUUAAGGAGGGUGUUAUGGUAGCUGCUGAUUCUCGAGCUAGUAUGGGAGGAUAUAUAUCAUCACAGUCUGUUAAGAAAAUUAUUGAAAUCAAUCCAUACAUGCUUGGGACAAUGGCUGGAGGUGCUGCUGAUUGCCAAUUUUGGCAUAGAAAUCUUGGGAUCAAGUGUCGCUUGCAUGAGUUGGCAAAUAAAAGAAGAAUUUCAGUAACAGGAGCCUCUAAGUUACUUGCAAAUAUUUUAUACUCUUAUCGUGGAAUGGGGUUAUCUGUUGGUACGAUGAUUGCUGGAUGGGAUGAGACGGGUCCUGGUCUAUAUUAUGUUGAUAGUGAAGGAGGAAGACUUAAAGGCACUAGAUUCUCUGUUGGAUCUGGUUCUCCAUAUGCUUAUGGUGUCUUGGACAGCGGGUACAAAUAUGACAUGUCAAUUGAGGAAGCUUCUGAACUGGCUCGGCGAGCAAUUUAUCAUGCAACAUUUCGUGAUGGAGCUAGUGGUGGAGUUGCUAGCGUGUACUACGUUGGACCAACUGGAUGGAAGAAAUUGUCUGGUGAUGAUGUUGGGGAACUUCACUACCAUUACAACCCAGUAACCCCAAGCACCGUGGAGCAAGAAAUGGUUGAGGCAACUGGACCUUGAUGCAAUAACUCAUGGAUAUCUUCGAGUUACCUAUACUUGCCUGCUUAUUUUGAAUCAAUUGCAUGUACCUGAUUAUUUUAUAUUCUAAACUGUCAUCAGUUUAAUAUGUACACAAGUGCUACCCUAUGCUCUGAUGAUGAUGUGUCGAGUUUCUAGAUCAAGUCAAAUUUACCAUAGGAAUGGACAGAGCCAUGUGUAAUGUGGAAUAGUUUCAAUGGGAGAAGCACGAUAAACAUAUAUUGCCAUGCAUGUUUGAUGUAGAA